CUUCCUGAACUGUAGGGGGCGGGGCAUGCCUUAAAAUUAAACAUCAGUGACCUGAGGAAGCUUAUAAAAUAGCUUGGGAGAAGUCAGUCACCAAGACAGGGCAUCUCAGAGUGGAUGAUUCUGCGUGUGGAAACUGCUUUCAUCUAGAUAAAAAAGGUCCGUCUCCAGACACCCAGCCCAAAGAUGGUGCCAGCGCUGCUGCUGCUCCCUGCCCUGGCUGGCCUCUUCGGAGCAGCUGAGGGGCAAGCUUUCCAUCUCGGGAAAUGCCCCAAUCCUCCGGUGCAGGAGAAUUUUGACGUGAAUAAGUAUCUUGGAAGAUGGUAUGAAAUUGAGAAGAUCCCAGUGAGCUUUGAGAAGGGAAGUUGCAUCCAAGCCAACUACUCACUAAAGGAAAAUGGAAACGUCAAAGUGAUAAACAAGGAGCUGAGAGCUGAUGGAACUGUGAAUCAAAUUGAAGGUGAAGCCACCCAGGAGAACAUCACAGAGCCCGCCAAGCUGGGAGUUAAGUUCUUCUGGUUCAUGCCAUCAGCUCCAUACUGGGUCCUGGCCACCGACUAUGAGAACUACGCCCUCGUGUACUCCUGUACCACGAUCAUCUGGCUUUUUCACAUGGAUCAUGUUUGGAUCUUGGGAAGAAACCCUUAUCUCCCUCCAGAAACAGUGACCUAUCUCAAAGAUAUCCUGACCUCUAAUAACAUUGAAGUUGAGAAAAUGACGAUCACAGAUCAGGUGAACUGUCCCGAGUACAUGUAACCAGGCUCUAAAGGGAGCUGCAUUCACUCCAUGUUCCUUCUCUUGCUUUGCUUUUCCCCUAUACCAACCCUCAUAAAGACAAACCAAACCACCAGAGCAAACUAUUACACCAACCAGAAGGGAAACGUGGCAGCAGAAGCUAAUGGAGAAGAACCCAAGGCAAGCUGGCCCAAACAUUUAGCCAUGCACCAUUCUGUUACCUUGCGAGUCUGAUAAUAAACUUGCUGCUGACCUGCUGAGCUCA